AUGGAUCACAUGUCAUCCAGGCUAAGGGCCUUCCUCUCUGAACCCAUCGGAGAAAAGGAUGUUGUCUGGGUAGACGGGGUCAGCCAUGAACUCGCAAUCAAUUUGGUCACCAAAGGUUUCAACAAGGCCUACAUCCUGUUGGGACAAUUCCUCCUGAUGCACAAGAACGAAGCUGAGUUUCAGAAGUGGCUCAUUUGUUGCUGUGGCGCCACGGAGUGUGAGGCCCAGGAGAGUUCUAACUGCUUGAAGGAGUGGUGCUCCUGCUUCCUAUAA